GAAAAUUUGACAUUUGACGUAAAAGACGCUGAUGCUGUUAGUUGUCAGCUGAUAAACGAUCUUCCGAAGAAAUAAUUAAUAUUUAAAUUGAUCGUUUGUAUGAAAACUGUGUAAAUAAGCUAUAGAAAGUGUAACUAGUUUAAUAUUGUAGUUAAUAUGAACUUUUCUGACAAUGAAGCCGAUGAUACUUCGAGCGUUGAAAGUACUUCGAACACAGACAAUACAUCACGCAGUGAAACACCGACAAACUCUCGCGUGAAGAAACGGAGACGAGGAAAAAAGAAGACUACUACUAAACAAGUUAAGCCGCCAUACAAAUUUAAUUGCAGUGCAAAAGAAGACCAUGGCCAGCCCCUAUUUGGCUGUCAAUUCAACCACCACCUGGGUGAAGGGCAGCCACAGGUGUUUGCAGUGGUCGGCAGCAACAGAGUGUCCAUAUAUGAAUGUCCUGACUCCGGAGGCUUUAAGUUUCUUCAGUGCUAUGCUGAUCCUGAUGUUGAUGAAACAUUCUACACCUGUGCCUGGUCCUACGAAGAGGAGACCAACCUGCCACUCCUCGCAGUUGCAGGCUCCCGAGGCAUUGUCCGUGUAUUUCAGCCUUCUACACAGACCUGCAUCAAGCACUACAUUGGCCAUGGCCAUGCCAUCAAUGAGGUCAAGUUCCACCCCAGAGACCCCAACCUUCUCUUGUCAGCCAGCAAAGACCAUGCUCUACGACUCUGGAAUAUCAUGACAGAUGUCUGCAUUGCCAUUUUUGGUGGCGUUGAAGGUCAUAGAGACGAAGUUCUGAGCGCCGAUUUUGACCUCAAAGGAGAGAGGAUAAUGUCCUGUGGAAUGGACCAUUCCCUCAAGCUAUGGCGUCUAGACAAGCCGUCGAUGCAUGAAGCCAUUAAACAAAGUUAUAGCUUCAACCCUCAUAGAGCUUUGAGGCCUUUCAAUUCAUUGAAGGAGCACUUUCCAGAUUUUUCUACUAGAGAUAUUCAUAGGAAUUAUGUUGACUGUGUCAGAUGGAUGGGUGAUCUCAUUUUAUCUAAGUCAUGUGAAAACGCAAUAAUUUGCUGGAAGCCGGGCCGUCUUGAAGACGCUGACCUUCGUCCCGGCGACAAUUCUGUGACUAUUGUCCACAGAUUUGACUACAAAGAGUGUGAGAUAUGGUUCAUUAGGUUUGCUGUGGACUAUAGUCAAAGGGUGAUAGCGCUAGGUAAUCAAUGUGGCAAGACUAUGGUGUGGGAGCUUGGCAACGUGGCGGGAGGCUCCCGAGUCUCGCAACUAGUGCAUCCAAGAUGCGUUGCCGCUGUCAGACAGGUGACGUUAUCCCGCAACGGUAAGAUCCUGCUGACGUGCUGCGACGACGGCACCAUCUGGCGGUGGGACCGAGUCACCACAAAUAGUGUCUGACCAAAAGUGUGUACGUAACUAAACUAAUUGGACGGAAUCUUCAUCAAAUGUAUGACUAGAAUAAUUGUAAUGAAUGUUUCUAUUUGUAUUAUUAAGUAUCUCCAUACAAUGUGAUGACCACAAUAAAACAAGACUGUUAGUCAAUA